AUGGAGUGUGUCUCCUCGCCGUCUUCCGCACAAAUAGCUCUCGCUCUGGCUAUUGUCAAAUUGAAACCGGUAGGAAUAGACAUCAAAGGUGCCACAUCCUGUCUUCGAAUUCUCUGGCAAGGCUUGCAGUUAAUCAGUUCAUCAGAAUACAUAUUGCAACGCCGAAAGUCAAUCAAAAGUUCAAAAACUGCGGAGAUAUUCCACUCGCCCGAGAAGUUUUUUGACAGCGUUUCGUUCUGGAGGCAAGCGUACGAGAGAUCAGAGGCAGAGCAGAGCAAGUUACUAGACCGCAUUUUUGAGCUCGAAGAGCGAAAUGAGGCACUUGCAGCAAAGUUACAUCCUCGAGAAGAGACUACGGCGAAAUCGGCAGUGAAGUUGCCGCUGAAGCGCAAGGACACCAAUAACCAAUCUACCGAAAAACAAACCAAGAAACAGCGACAUCCUAUGAAAGGCUCACUUGCUGCGGAAGUUGAGAUAUCUCAUGAUGGUUUAACUACGCGAUUGGAUGAUUCCGAGCCUACGAGUCCUUUUGUGAGACAGUUCUAUCUUCUUCAAAAGGCUCUGCAGAAGUGUAAUACUGCGAGUAUCGUCCGGGCUGCUGUUUCUCUAUGCAGGACUUGUGAGGAUGAGCUCGCCAGCGUAGUUCCCCAAGAGAACCCAACAGACAGGUUCAAGAGCCGAGACCUGGCACAAUCUCAACUCUCACAAUUCUUUCUGAGCCUGCGAGUCAUUGAAUCUGCCAUUACGCUCCUCUUACUGGCUCUCGUCAAGCUUCCCAAUACUGGAGACUCGGGGCAGGAGGAGGCACUGCUCAUUUACCAUGUAGUUUGCUUAUACGAAGCAGCCAUCAACACGCUAAAGAGAUACUGCAAAGCGAUACCAACACCGGCAGCUACAGCUAGGACAGAGUAUCCUAUCCAGACACGAGCAAAGACAUCGAAUCGAACAAAAGUGAGCGCUGCGGAUGAUGGGGCGAUAAAGUUGACUUCAUUACUGGGUCGAAUGAUCAUAUCUCUCGACCUAACCUGCCCUAGGCAUCAAAGACUACUAGAGGGAUUCCUGUACGUCUUGUUAAGCCGUGCUGGGAAAGUUCUAUGCGUAUUCGUCUUUCAAGACCUAGAACUGCAGCCGGAUCUUCGAGCUGAUCUUCACAAACUGCCACUCCCUGCCGGUCUGAUAGACGCCGAGCUCGAUGGCAAGUCAUUAGGGGGUACCGAGACGGAAGCCAGGUACCUAAUCUGGCUAUUGCAAAGGACUCUAGCUGCCGUUGAUACUCUCCCGUCUUUGUUGAAUUCUGCAUCACCAGAGAACCCUUCCGGCCAGGUCCAAUCCAGCAUCACAGCAAGGCUACAGAACACUCUCUUUCAAGCAGUUUUUGGCGAAGGCUUGGGAUUUGAACAGUCUUUAAACCGCCCUAGUCCUCCUGAAAACUUUGACAUAGAGAGAUUCCUUGCGAAGAGCCAGAUUACCGACUCGCCAACUCCCGAAUGGUACAUACAACAGGUCUGGGAGCUCCUAGGAUGCGAUGAUAUACUGCUUAAAAACAACUUUUUAUGA